GUGUGUGUGUGUGUGUGUGUUACAGUGCAGCAGGGCAGAUACAAGAUUAGACACGAUCUGUGACACACACACAGCUCAGUCUUCCUGAACAACAUGGACGGUGCCCUAAAGGCUUUGCUGCUGGCAGCCCUGAUUCUUCUGGUUUCUGCCCAGACAUCUGAUAACUACAGAAGCUUGAAUGUGUUAGUGAGAAAACACGUUGACAAAGUGCUGAAAAAGGCAAACCAAGACUUUGGAACGGGUUAUCAUAUUGCUUUUCAUUCACUCAUCACAACUCCAGUGACUAGAGAGAGCAUCCUGAACGUAAAUGUCCUUCUGAAAGUCACAACAUGCAAGAAGACUUCAACUGAUGCAUAUGAGCACCGAGAUGAAUGUAAUGAACAAAAAGAAAAAACGCCCGUGAUUGACUGUCUUGUGUGUAAGACGAAUGAUGGUAAUGAACUGGUUGACUGUGCCAAGAAGAUUGAUGUCAGUAAUCAAAAGCACACUGAAAUUCGAGGCAAAUGUAUUGAUCAUCUCACUGGAGGAUUAAGCCUUGUGUCGCGGCAAUGGAUUCCUGAGGAUAAUAAGAAGCAGGGUCGAUGUCUCGGAUGUGUGUGAAGCUGCACAAAUCACAACAGCACAAAUUAAAGGGAUAAAGGAUAUUUAAAAAAUCUAACCAUUUUUAAUCUGGGCACUGAAAUAGUUAAUAUAGUAGCAAAUAAUUAUGAAUUUUUUUUAAAUAACCACAUUUUGUUGUAUUACAAGUGAAAAGUGAUCUGAUUAAAUAGAGAAUUUGGGUUCAGGUCUUCACUGUUAUAAAAGGAAAUGUAGUGAUGGGCAAAGAUUUACUUUAUGAAACCGUGAUUACACACAUUAAUAAAUAAAGCACAUUUAAGAGGAGUGUGUUGUACUUGAUUCUGUACUUAAUCAUUUCAUUAUCUCAGUCUAUAUUUGUUUUGUUGCCUGGUCAAACCAUUUCACCUGGUGGAAUGAACUGAAAUAUUUCUCUUCUCAACUGACGUUCUAGCACAGGGGUCUCAGACUCGCGGCCCGGGGGCCAAUUGCGGCCCGCGGAACGAUAUUUUGUGGCCCCCUACUUGAAAUCAAAGCUUGUUGUUAGUGCGGCCCGCCCCCACUAACUUUUUCUCACAUGCACCUGCGUGAGUCAUUGCCCUGGGCGUUUUAUAUUUUUUAACACUUGUGGGCUACCAUAGCUCAGGCUCGUGACAACAACACGAAUUAUCAACGUUGGUCACUUGAAACGUGUUUUGGGAGUGUUACCCAGUGCAAAUACGUUUUUUUUUUUUUGUCACCCAAACAUGUCUCUUUCAAAACCUGCCAUGAAGAGAAAGGUUGGCGAUGAGCACAGACAAUUUCAGGAGAAGUGGGAAACGGAAUAUUUUUUUGUAGAGCACAGGGGCAUUCCGACGUGUCUAAUAUGCACAGAUAAACUUGCAGUGCACAAGGAGUAUAACAUCAGACGUCAUUACUCAACUAGACAUGCUGAGGAGUAUGCAAAAUACCAGGGAGAUGAGCGAGAGGACCGGGUCGCCAAACUGAAAACAUGUCUACUGAGGCAACCAGAUUUUUUCAAGAAAGCAAGCAAAGAGAGUGAUGCAGCAGUCGAAGCUAGCUACGUGGUGAGUGAGAUGAUUGCUGAGGCAGGAAAGCCAUUCAAAGACGGCGAGUUCAUCAAACAGUGCAUGUUACAGGCUGCAAGUAUAGUCUGUCUGGAAAAGAAAGGUCAGUUUAGCAACAUCAGCCUUUCAGCCAACACAGUGGCAGAGCGCAUUUCUGACCUGUCGGAUAACAUUUACGAUCAACUGCGUGAGAAAGCUAGACAUUUCCAUUCAUACUCAGUCGCUCUUGAUGAGAGCACAGACGUCACUGACACUGCGCAGCUCGCAAUAUAUGUCCGUGGUGUUGGUGACAAUUUUGAAGUGAUGGAGGAUUUGCUCACAAUGAUUCCAAUGCAUGGCCAGACCACCGGUCAGGAGAUAUUCCACCAGCUGUGUGAUGCCAUUGUGGAUGCCGGCUUACUAUGGAAGAGUUUUGCUGGAAUAACAACCGACGGAGCGCCAUCGAUGACGGGGAGGAGAAAUGGACUGGUGGCACUUGUUCAAAGAAAACUGGAAGAGGAGGGUGUGGAAGAGGCCAUUGCUUUGCACUGCAUUGUCCAUCAGCAGGCCCUUUGCAGCAAAUGCCUUAAGUUUGACAAUGUGAUGUCUGACGUUGUGAAAUGCAUCAACUAUAUCAGAUCCAGGGGCUUAAAGCACCGGCAGUUCCGCACCUUUUUGGAGGAAAUAGAGUCAGCAUAUGAGGAUGUGCUCUACUUCACCGAGGUACGUUGGCUUAGCAGGGGGGACGUCUUGAAGAGGUUUUUUGAGUUGAGAGCAGAAGUGAGAGCCUUCAUGGAUAAGGAUGGGAUGGCUGUUCCUGUACUAAGUGAUCCCAAAUGGCUAAUGGACUUAGCUUUUCUUGUUGACAUCACACAGGAGCUGAAUGUACUGAACAAGAAGUUACAAGGCCAGGGCCAGCUUGUCAGUGUUGCAUAUGACAGUGUCAGAGCAUUCUCUACAAAACUUGUGUUAUGGAAAGCCCAGCUUUCUCAGACAAACCUCUGCCAUUUCCCAGCGUGCAAGGCGCUCAUGGAUUCAGGCACACCAUUCAGUGGUGAGAAGUAUGCUGAUACCAUUCUAAAGCUACAGGAAGAAUUUGAUCACAGGUUUGCAGACUUCAAGACACACAGAGCCACGUUUCAAAUUUUUGCUGACCCCUUCUCCUUCGAUGUAGAAGAUGCCCCCCCCUGUGGUUCAGUUGGAGCUAAUUGACCUGCAGUGCAGUUCUGAACUCAAAGCCAAGUUCAAGGAGGUGAGUGGAAAAACAGACAAGCUUGGACAAUUUAUGAGAGAAUUGCCCCCCACGUUCCCUGAGCUUUCCAAGAUGUUCAAGCGAAUCAUGUGCCUUUUUGGGAGCACCUAUCUGUGCGAAAAGCUCUUCUCCACUACGAACUUUAAUAAAUCAAAGUUCAGGUCCAGACUUACAGAUGAGCAUCUUCGAGCCAUACUGAGGGUCUCAGUUGCUUCCUCCCUCAAGCCAAAUGUGGCUCAGCUGUGUAAGAGGAAGCGCUGCCAAGUCUCUGGCAGCAAGGAGUAGGAGGAAGUAAGAGAAACCUAUGUUCUGAAGAACCGUUCAUGUUCUGCAUGUUCUGAAUAGUUAUUACUAAAGAUUAAGAAGAUUGGAUCGGUUGUACUGUUUUUGGAAUACUUGAAAUCCUUUUUUUGUGGAAUACUUGAUGCGGCCCAGCCUCACCCAUACUCUACCUCCAGCGGCCCCCAGGUAAAUUGAGUAUGAGAUCCCUGUUCUAGCACUUUUAAAGUCUGUGUCCAUAAAUUGAUUUAUUUAUUUUAAUUUAUUUAUUUAUUUAUUUAUUAUUAAUUCCAAGUGUCUUUCAGUUUCAGAAAACGAUCACUUUCUUGUACUGCAGCCAUUUAGACAAGGAAGACAGCAUUUUAGCUGUAUCAAAGCAAACCUGCCAAAAUCUCAGAACUGACUCAUAACUGGUGUAAAUGUAGUAUAUUCAGGAAGACAAGGUAUUCCUUCAGUGCAGUAGUCAUCUGGCCUCCACUUUGAUUUAAAGAUUUGUUGUCUGUCAUGUACACAAAUUGUUGAAAAGCAGCCUUGGUAAGUUUGUGGCUCACUAGUCUCCUUGUGGUUAUUUUCCAUAGUAAUUCUGUAAGUCUAAACACAUUACCAAUUACUAGACAUCAAGGUGUCGGAGUAACCUGAGCUGCCAUUUAAAGCUUUGUAAACCAAUUCAAGUACAAGUGCAAGUCUCACAUCAGUAAGUAGUGUUUUGUUAACACUAUUAACACUACUAAUGUUGGGCCACCACAUGCUGCUAGAACAGCUUCAGUGCUCCAUUGAUUCUCCAAGUCUCUGAACUCA